UUGUCUUGCUCUGGUUCGCCAAGACAGACGGCGGUCGGAAUUUGGGGAAGCUAGCGGUGCCACCUGUCUCUGGCAGCAAAUGGUGGUUUAAGGGAGGUGGCGGGAAGCCGGUAUUUGGUCGAAGUCGUCACCCUCAUGGUCGCUGGGUUUUUCACAAUCAAAAUUAACCAGCAGAAUAAGCCAAGAUGUCUGUUGAUCCAAUGACCUAUGAGGCCCAGUUCUUUGGCUUCACACCGCAAACUUGCAUGCUUAGGAUCUACAUUGCAUUUCAAGACUACCUGUUUGAAGUGAUGCAGGCUGUUGAACAGGUUGUUCUGAAGAAGCUGGAUGGCAUCCCAGACUGUGCAGUUAGCCCAGUCCAGAUUCGUAAGUGCACGGAAAAGUUUCUUUGCUUCAUGAAAGGACGUUUUGAUAACCUUUUUGGCAAGAUGGAGCAGCUGUUUUUACAGUUGAUUUUGCGUAUUCCCCCAAACGUCUUGCUUCCGGAAGAUAAAUCUCAGGAGCUGCAUCCUUGUAGUGAGGAAGAAUUCCACCUUCUCCAAAAAGAAAUUGAACAGUUACAGGAGAAGUAUAAGACUGAAUUAUGCACCAAGCAGGCCCUUCUUGCAGAACUAGAAGAGCAAAAAAUUGUUCAGGCCAAACUCAAACAAACAUUGUCUUUGUUUGAUGAGCUUGAAAAUAUUGGCAGAGACCAUGGGACUAGUGAUUUUAGGGAAAGCUUGGUAUUCCUGGUCCAGAACUCCAGAAAACUACAGAAUAUUAGAGACAAUGUGGAAAAGGAAGGCAAAAGACUGAAAAUAACUUAAUUUCUCAAUAGUAAAAGGAGCUUGUCAGAAAGUGGAAUGUUAAGGGAUUUAUAUCAAUAACUAUUCUUAUCAUAGUGAACUGUUUAUUUGGGGGGGAUUUUCCUUCACUCUUUCUUGUAUUCCACAUCCUCCUCUUUUUUGGUUCACUCUUCUGAAGCAUCUGUGCACUACCCUGAACUAAUCUUUGAAGCAUCUGUGCAGAGAGGCCUCUAAAUGGUGGGAAGGGAUUCUUAGUUCAAUAAAAAACUCAUUUGGUGGCAUGAUCGAAGAAGCAAAGCUAUCCCUGGCCAUUCAGAGACACUUGUAAAAGUUGUGCCUUGGUCAUGAGUCGUUAUAACCUUGAUCUUUUUGACUUAUUCUUUGGAUGAGACCAAAUGAAAAAAGGUUAAGUGGGUACCUUAUUAGCCAGCCACUACUCUUGGUACAGCCAACAUGGACUGCUUAUUCCUACCCAAUAACUUUUCUCACUAGUUGAAGCAAGUAGCAGAAAAAAAAACCACCAUGACCUUUAGAAAGAAGAAAAAAGUUGCUUUGUUUCUAAAAUAAAUUCUUUCCAUGACCAAGGCCUUGGUGAUGGUAGCUUACUGUACUGGAGCCCAGCUGUGGAAGACACUGAACAGAAAGGAAGCAGUCUCACUGGCAUGGAAAAGGAAGCCUUGAACACACCCAGUAGCAAAGUUUAUAUUAACUAUUAGUUAUUUAUACCAUUUUUUUUUCAUACUUCAGUUAGUUUUGGAAUCUGUCCCGUACCUAAUAUUUAAUGAACUUAUUUAUUCACACUCAUAAGCGUCAAAUAUUUAAUACUCUCAGUGAUAAAUUUUAGCUGUGUCUUUUGCUUAAAUUCAUUGGAGUCUAAUAUUUCCUUUUGUAGCUAAUCCAUGUAAAAUGUUAGAUCCUUCAAGGAAGAGGGAAAAAUAGCAAUGGUUGCCUUCCACAUCUUCCUAAAGAACAGAAUUUGGAGUUUCUCCUUUAUGUAGAAGUGUAACUUCAGGCAUUAAUAUUUGUGGAGUUCCCUUUGUGGCACAGCGGAAACAGACCUGAGUAGGAUCCAUGAGGAUGCAGGUUUGAUCCCUGGCCUCUCUCAGUAGGUUAACAGUCUAGUGUUGCUGUGGCUGUCGUGUAGGCUGGUGGCUACAGCUCCGAUUUGACCUCUAUCCUGGGAACCUCUGUAUGUCUCAAGUGCAGCCGUAAAAAGCAAAAAAAAAUUUUUUUUUUCAAUUAAAUAUCAGUUUAGGAAACCUGUGUUUACCUGGAAUAUGUUUAUUAUGAAAGAGUCCUUUUUUUUCUAGCCUUCUACAUUAAAUGUGUAUAUAUUUAAA